AGAUAUUCAGGAUUAUGUGUCUGACGAAAGCAUUGUACACUCAGGCCCGGGAAAAAUUCACAGCUCGCAAGUUAUUCCUAUUUCGUCAGACAACUAUUUUGUCCCCAUUCCGCAUGAAGCCAGCCUCGUCGGCUUUUUGUUUACAUGUACUACUAGUAUCUACUGUACCUUACUCUGGCACCCGUCGGCUUUCUCCUUGUUCAGGAUUACAGCUCACGCUCCACUUGAGGUCCAGAAUUAUAGACCGUUCCAAUGGAGUUGCAUUUCUGACAAUCUAAAGGGGAUAGUAGUAUCAAAAACGGUAAACGCAUCCUCACAUCGACUGCCGGCGGCUAGGCUUGUCCAGCUACCGUCUCAAACGCCCUUUCUCCAUCUCAGUCCGAUUGGUACGUACAAUUAAGUGUUCUGUCCACACCACUUGGACGUGCUUCUCCCCCGAGAAAUACAGGCACAUGCCGCCAUGGCCAUAAGGAUUGAAGAACACCAGCAGACUCGUGGGACCUUUGGUACAAUAAGGAUAGCAGCGACAUGAUCGUUGAGCAUGUGCGAGCAUGCCAGUUUGUCCAUGUAUUAAGGGGAGUAUCAUUCGGAUAAACACUAUCUCCAACAGUACCCAGGCUUGGUUCGCAGCAACCAUCCUCAUAUCGAGGGCAGAAAAGGAGCCCGCAUGGUUAAAGGUCAGCAUGCUGAACAGUAUCCAAGGUAGGCUUAUCGAACUUGACUAUUUUCCCAAUGACAAGAACCUCGCCGAAAGUAAAUGAUUGGGACUUGAAGUCACCAUGAUCUCACGACUCUGGUUCAUUUGGGGGCUAUCUCUGCCACUGCCUUCCUUACACCUGGCGGCCUUUCCCAAAUUUCCGCAUGUUAUGGCCUCAAUGAUCCGAAAUCUCGAAAUGACCCAAAAGGCGACAUCAGAAUCAGAGUCCAAUGUUUCAUAUCCAUUGACACCACAGAUCCAAACCCAGCGAGCUGGCUCAAAACGACCCAAGACAAAUUUGAAUCAGGAGAGACCCCCCAUCUCGAACCUCACCCUCAGAAAAUGGUUAACCAAAACGCAAAGGCGAACUUAACGAGUACAUGUAUCCCAUAUUGGAUAUAACAAUACCACAUCCACCGCAUUCUCAACAUUCUUCUCGCCCCUAUCAAAUCCCACUUCCCAACUCCAUCCAAGAAUGCAAUCAAACCCUCCCAUCAUCACCUAUCAUUACCUCUGCCGCUAUUCCUCGCACGAAUACCUAGUCUCAAUGGGUUUCCCACCCCCCGACACCAUUGACAUGCUCCUUGGCAAAUCAAACUUCCACUCCUGGCGAGCCACCGUGCAACCUGCUCUCCUGACCAACAAGUACUCAUCCAGCCUGAUUCUCGGCGACUGGACCGAACCGCAACCCUCAGAAUUUUCUUCCCAAGCACUGACAGACAGCAACGAAAGGGCAAAAUUCGACCUCGCCCGUCGAGAAUGGCAUACUGCCAACACGGCCACUUGCCGCUUCAUCCGCUCAACGCUGGCCAUGAACGUCACGCCGUUCGUUCGACAACAUAAAAACGCAAAGGCGCUCCUUUUCAAUUUGAUUUGGUUGUAUGGUGACGAAGCGGGGAUUGACACACAAGGAGGGCCGGCGGUGCCAGCAGCAGCGCCUGCACCACCAUUGCAAAAGGAUCGCACUAGUUUGCUCACUGCUCUGCAUGAGACCGGUGGCUCGAAAAGAGUGAAAGGAUAUUUGGGUUGUGAGGAUUUAGUGACUGGUGCCGGUCUAUCGAAACAGUCGUCAGGAGCAACACCAAGCACAGAUACAAGCAGAAGCACAUUUUUACCAUCGACUGCAUACUCGGCUGAUGUACCUGCGCAGCAAGAGACGCCUACCGGAAAUAAUGAGUAUGAGAACUAUGUUCCCGGUCCUGCUCUCCAAGCGAUCCAUGAAGAAGACGAAAACGAAGCUGAAGACGAAGGCGGAGUUCCUUCUCCCCCUCCUUCUCCUCACCCGGGCCGCCGGGUCCCAUCAGGUCAAACGAGCGCGCGGUUCAGUACAGACCACUGGGAGUCAGACCUGGAUUUUGGGGAACGUCCCUGGGACGGAAAUGACCAUAACGGCCACGGCCACGGCCUCGCUUGCAGCAUCAGUCCCCUAACGCUUUCCGAUACAAGUUCUAAGACGACAGUGGAUUGUGAUGACGUGGAUAUGGAUUACUUUCAACGACCUGCAGAUACCAACUAUAACUUCCGCAACAACGGUGCGAUUCAACCUAGAAGCAGCAGUGUCGUCUCCGGCAAGGACAACGGCCAAAGUGUAACAACAGCAACACGCAUGGGCAAGCCUGCUGUCGAUGGCAGCGUCAUUUGUACAGGUCAAGGCCAGCCCCAAGUUUCCAACCUCAGAAGGUCGAUCUUCGCCCGAAGCAGCAAGACGAAGACAACGAUGCCAAAGCGUGGUGGGAAGCUUUCGUUUUCGUUUCCGCUUACCCGCCUACGUCGAGUGAGAGAUUCAGAAUCUGACUCGGUAUCUGGGUAAGUGAAGGAAACGUCUUCGAAAUGUCUUCUACAUGGGCAGCAGGGUGGCGAGAAAGGCAUUUACUACAUCUCAUUCCAAGGGGCCAUUUCAUUAGAGUCGUCAUGGAAGGGCUUUUGAAUGAUGAUUUUUCAUAUUUAUAAUUAUUACAACUGUAUUUUACAUGCAGUAAAAAGAAAAUCCGCAUAACUCUGGCCGCUGAGGGCUCGCUCUAAGAAUGAAGUUCCAAA